AUGACUCGAAUCCCUAGGGCCCUUGCAAUUGUUGCGGGCUUCCUUGGUACCACCACAGCGCAGACACUAUGGCCAUUACAGACAUACAAGAGUACCUCAAUUAAAGUUCCCUAUCUUAACGUUACGAAAAUGGGUCAGACCGAACCUGGGCACCUUUUUCUGUCUCCCCAUGAUAUUUUACGUGGUGAAGGGUAUCCUACCAUUUAUUCCGAUGACGGACAACUAGUAUGGCAGGGAGCCAUGGGCAACUACUCUGCCCUCCACCCCCAGAUGCUGGAUGAUGAGUCAGUUAUUGCAUACUGGGAAGGAUUUGUUGCCGAUGGCUUUGGUUUUGGCCAUAUCAGCAUCCUCAACAGCUCUUACGACGAAAUCCAUCGCGUGACUCUCGACUGCAAGGCCGAGAACUUCGUGACGAUCUAUGGUUCGGAGUCAUUCAAUUCUUGUAUCGAUAUUCAUGAGAGCCAAUUCACAGAUGAUGGAACAGUCCUGGUCACCGCCGUCAAUGUCACUCAAGCUGAUUUGAGUUCUGUUGGUGGCUCCAAGGAUGGCUGGAUCCAAGACGGUGUGAUCUAUGAAAUUGAUAUCAAGACAAACGAGAUCCUCUUCCGCUGGAGUGCAUAUGAGCAUAUCCACGAGCUUCCUAUGAGUUAUGAUAUCGCGCCGCUCGGAGCGGAUGGUGCUGGCUCUGGGGUUAAUAAGACGGACCCAUGGGGAUAUCCUCACCUCAACUCGAUUGCCAAGUAUGGGGACUCUUACCUUGUAUCGUCACGGUACAUGUGCAGUAUCUUUUUGCUGGCUCCUAACGGUACUAUUACAUGGCUACUCCAUGGUCGCACCGGUGGAGACUUCAAUCUGAGCCUUGAUACCAGCUUCUGCUACCAACACGAUGCACGUUUUGAGUCACAGAGUGCCGAGCGCGUCACAAUCGGCCUCCACAACAAUGACAACACCGAGUUCACAGGAAGCUCUUCUCUAACGACAGGCAUGGUUCUGGAUGUUGAGCUUCAGGGUUCGAAGAAAGUUACACUCAAGCGUCGGAUGUGGGAUGCCGACGAGCCGGUGUAUGCCCAGUCACAGGGUAGCUACCAGCCGCUCGGUAAUGGCCACGUUCUCCAGGACCAUGGUGCAGUCCCCAAAAUCGAAGAGUACGAUGAGAAUGGCAGUGUUGUGAUGCGCGCACGCUUUGGCUAUGAUAAUACCAUGCAGACAUACCGUGCAUAUCGAUACCCGUGGGUUGGUCGACCUUCUACGAAGCCGGGUGUGUUGGCGUGCCCGUCUAGUGAUGGCGAAAAGGCUACUGUGUAUGUGAGUUGGAAUGGAGCGACGGAUGUGGAGUCGUGGAAGAUUCACUCGGGCUCUAAAGUUAUGGGCAGUGCCGCGAGCAAUGGUUUCGAGACCGCCAUCCUUGUUGAUAAGCUAAACAAGGGUGACUCGGUGAUUGUUGAGGCUGUCGGUGGCGUUGGUGAUGGCACAAGAUCUGCUUCUGUGACAGUGGGCCAAGGCUGCUGA